UCAAGUCCGCGUGCACACUAUUUGCGGCAAACUAAAUUUCGUGUGUUUUUAUUUUAAUUAAGUCAUUCAUUUUUGGGGCCGUCUGAAAGAGUGGCCAAGAGUUUGGGAAUCCCUUGCCCGUAAAUCAGUAUUCCCAGGAGCUGUCGCCCUGUAUUUGGCGCUGUCAACGAAACAGAGUUACGUAUUGGGAUUCGGAGGAGUUACGUAGUCGUUCCGGGGAUUUGGAGAAAUGAUGUUGAAGGGCCUGCGGCAUGUGCGGAAUGUGCUGCAGCGCAGUGGCCACCAGAUGGCCACCCAGAUCCGCAGUGCCACAGGGCGGCCCCAAGGGAUUCAACGUGAGCUGUCGCUCCUCCAACUCAGCCGGCGACAGGUGAUGCAGCUGCAGGCGGAGUACAAGGCGAUUGUGGGCGUGAUAGCCCGCUCCCUGCAACUGACGCCCCAGGAGGUGCGUCUAAUGCACCUGCGCAGCCUGUCCUCCUCCGGAGGAAAACCUCCUCCUCCCACUCCCAAUCCCAAUCCUUCGGAGGAGGACAAGGCGGCAAAGCCCGCCAAGACUGAGGAAGAUUCCGCCACGGAGAACAAGCACAAGCCAGCUGGCGAGAAGAGCAGCAAGGCACCUGGAGAGGAGACCUCCAGCAGCAGCAGCAGCAGCAGUUCCACUGGCGAAUCCGGCGAGGAUCCCAACAAGAACAGCAACGAGAACGACGAGAAGAUGCGUUCCGUGCUGACCAAGGCCGUGCUCUGGCUCUUCACCAUCUACAUGUUCGUGGCCUUCUUCUCCCUGCUGAUUACACCGCGCUCCGAGCGGCCAGAGGGCUCCACGCGCUACGUGUCCUGGAACGAGUUCGUCCAUCACAUGCUGGCCGUGGGCGAGGUCAAGGAGCUGAUCAUACGACCCGACAUGGAGAUGGUCACCAUCAUCCUGCACGAGGGAGCCGUCAUCAAGGGCCGCAAGGUGACCUCCACCAUCUUCCACAUGGCGGUGGCCGAUGCCAACAAGUUCGAGGAGAAGCUGCGCGAGGUGGAGAAGCGGCUGGGCAUCCAAGAUGGGGUGCCGGUGACCUAUGACCGCCAGACGGACACCACCGGCCGCAUCCUGAUGCUGCUGCUCGUCUGCGCCCUGCUCAUGUCCAUUGCCACCCGGAUGAAGAGCAUGAAGAGUCCGCUCAGCAUGGAUUCAUUUAACCAAAUGGGCCGCGCCAAGUUCACCCUGGUGGACCCCUUCGAUGGCGGUCGUGGCGUGCUCUUCCGGGACGUGGCCGGUCUCAGCGAGGCCAAGCAGGAGGUUAAGGAGUUCGUGGACUACCUGAAGUCCCCGGAGAAGUACCAACGGCUGGGUGCCAAGGUGCCGCGAGGAGCCUUGCUUCUGGGUCCCCCGGGAUGCGGCAAGACGCUGCUGGCCAAGGCGGUGGCCACCGAGGCCCAGGUGCCCUUUCUCAGCAUGAACGGCUCCGAGUUCAUCGAGAUGAUCGGCGGCCUGGGAGCGGCCCGUGUCCGGGAUCUCUUCAAGGAGGGCAAGAAGCGGGCGCCCUGCAUCAUCUACAUCGACGAGAUAGACGCCAUCGGACGGCAGCGUUCGGGCACCGAGAGCAUGGGACAGGGCAGCUCCGGCGAGUCGGAGCAGACGCUCAACCAGCUCCUGGUCGAGAUGGAUGGCAUGGCCACCAAGGAAGGCGUGCUCAUGCUGGCCAGCACCAAUCGGGCCGAUAUUCUGGACAAGGCCCUUCUGCGACCCGGUCGCUUCGAUCGCCACAUCCUCAUCGAUCUGCCCACGCUGAUGGAGCGCAAGGAGAUCUUUGAGAAGCACUUGUCGUCGGUGAAACUGGAGUCGCCGCCUGGGACUUUUUCGCAGCGCCUGGCCCGCCUAACGCCCGGCUUCUCCGGAGCGGACAUCGCCAACGUUUGCAACGAGGCCGCCCUGCAUGCGGCUCGCAAUGUACAAAAGGAGGUCAGCAGCAAGAACCUGGAGUACGCCGUGGAGCGGCUAGUGGGCGGAACCGAGAAGCGUUCGCAUGCCUUGUCGCUGGCGGAGCGCAAGGUGAUCGCCUACCACGAAUCCGGACACGCACUGGUGGGCUGGAUGCUGCCCAACUCGGACAUCCUGCUGAAGGUCACGAUUGUGCCGCGCACCAGCCUGGCCCUGGGAUUUGCCCAAUACACGCCGAGCGAACAGCACCUGUACAGCAAGGAGGAGCUGUUCGACAAGAUGUGCAUGGCGCUGGGUGGUCGGGCGGCCGAGAAUCUGGUCUUCAAUCGGAUAACGACGGGUGCCCAGAACGAUCUGGAGAAGGUCACGAAGAUCGCCUACUCGCAGAUCAAGAAGUUCGGCAUGAGCACGAGCCUGGGACCCAUUUACGUCCGGGACGCGGAUGAGACGGAGGGCGGCGGUGCGAUGGGCAGCGGCGGCAAGAAGCCCUUCUCGCGGGCCAUGGAGAGCCUGAUCGACAACGAGGCGCGCCAUGUGGUGGCCACCGCGUACCAGACCACCGAAGGCAUACUCACCACGCAUCGCGAUAAGUUGGACAAGCUGGCUGAAGCCCUGCUGGAGAAGGAGACGCUGGACUACGACCAGGUGGUGGAGCUGAUUGGACCGCCGCCACACGAUCUGGGCAAGCGGCAAGUGGACGGCGUGGAGUUCGAGCAGUCACUGAAGAACCUGGGCAGCAACACGGACACCACCAAAGUGUGAAACUGUAGCACUGAGUUAAAACCAGGUUCAGGUUGACGUUCAGAAUUAUAGUCAUAGUCAUACGCCACGUGUCCCAAGUCGCUCACCUUUCCGCCCGCCCCUGGUUCAUGUUCGUUGAAUGUAAAUAAAGUUGUUUACCUUUUCUAAAAUGA